AUGCCUAUAGACUCCCCUAGAAAUUUGACACUCGAAUUAUCGGCCGCCUAUCUGUCCCUUGAGUGCUCGCCGUGGUUUAACACAGCGCAGUGGUUGUUGGACACCAAAGACGGUCUGUGGAUUCAUAGAUACUCAAAUUCGAGCAUUCUCCGAGAAGACAAUGUUGGCUUUGGAGGCGGUAAUUCCAACGUCUUUAUGGAUAUCCCAGGCCGCCCAGGUCCCAAUGGUGGCUUCAAUUUCUCGUUCAAGGAUAUAACGAGCAAAGGAAAUAUCACCAAGGGUACGUUGGUAUUUGGGAGCGCCCAGAACUCGACUAUCCGUGACAUCAGUCAUGUAUACGUUGAUGUCAGCGUCGAGUGCGAACGAUCACAACGACUUGACUUGACUACUCUCAAUAGAACAGGCCCUGCUGCGAUCUUUGCCGCCCUCCCAUGGCUUACACCCUCUUACUACAAUGGGUACAAGUCUCCCUUUGAGAAUUACCUCGCCGACCCUACUCAAGGCAUAGAAGCGGGAGAGGUAGACAAGGGCGUCAAGGAUGAGUAUACCAGCCUUUCACUCGAGGUUUUCGCUCAGCGUCUUGCAUUGAUCACCAAUACGGCCUUGCGUGUCUCUUAUUACAGUCCUGCUGUGCUGGGCUUUAGCAAGGUAAGCCUAACGGCCAUUGCGGCCACGAGAGUAACUCCUAGAUACUCCUACACAUACGGCAAUGCGGCUGGUGAAUUCAUUACUAACGAGAGGAGAUACUGGAUUCAGACUAGCUGGAUAGCUAUGUACAUGGCAUCCCUUAUCUUGAUGAUCUUAGCCAUAGUCGUCUUUCUUGCGCUCAGGUUGAUUAUCCGAGCGCCUGACUUUCUGACCAAUGUUUCGGCCUUGACAAGGGACUCUGCGUAUAUCAAUGUGCCGGCAGGAGGAAGCACUCUAGCUGGCGAGGAGCGAGCGCGCUUGCUCAAGGAUAGGCGGUUGAGGAUUAGAGAUGUACAGCCAGGGCAAGAAUUUGGGUAUGCUGCGCUAGCAGACGAUGUUGGGUACGAGCCAAAGAAGGGGCUUAAGUUAGAUGGUCGAGUAUACGCAUAA